UAUAUCCUUGAACUGCACUUGGCCAAGGCAUUUGGAUUUGUUAGGCAUGCUCAUAUGAGAACUUGAGAAGCCGUGGCCAUUAAAAUAUUCUGGUGAGAGUCUGUGAGGAGAAUCUUUAAAUCUUCCAUCUGCCUUGGCAGAUUGGGGUGUUCAGGUUAUUAUUCUGAGCAAGUUCUGGCUUCAGGUUGAGGAAGUUGUGUCUCAGAGUAAACGUGACAGAGGAACUCAGAAUUCCAGUAGUAGCUGAUUUCAAUCCAAUAUAAACAAAGAGAGACAAUGGAGGGAUUUGUCGACCAGUAUGAGAAAGAAAACAUGUCGAUGAAAAUGGUGAUGUUGAAGCAGGAAGAAACUUUCAGACAACAGGUCGAGGAACUCCACCGUUUGUACCGAAUUCAGAAGGAAUUGAUGAGAGCUGCCAAACAAGAUCGCGAGUCCUGGAAACAACCAGUUUUCAGUAACUCAAAGGAAGAACUAACGCUUGAUGCUGAUGAAGGGAGUGACCUGGAGCUGACACUCGCCACUGGAAGCCAAAGAACUCAAAGGAAGAAGACGAGUGCAUCAAAUGCUUCAGAAUCAGGAUCUAGCUUUUCUUCAUCCUCAGGUGAAUCAGGGUCUAUGAAGGCAAAGAACAGUGACUGGACAAUGUCAAAUGGCUCCAUAAGGAUCGGAGGUGAGAGAUUCGAGAUUGAGCAACUGAGACAGGAUGGCUUAAAUCAAUCUUCUUGGCUCUUUCCAUGUACUAAGAAACAUGACAUGGUAGCUUCUUUUGGAUUGUAAUAAUGAUACCAUUAUUACAAACUCCUAGAUGUCUUCGAAGAAAAAUUAUACGAACAACUUGAAAGCGCGCAUUAUAAUUAAGUAGCUAGUAGGGUUCCAUAAUCCACAGAGAGGUGGAGUAAAAGAGGAUACAUUUAUUUAUAUUUACCACAAGAAUAAAUACAUGAGCACAUAUUUCUGAAGAAUAAAGGAGCCACAAAAUCAAGAGAUGGAAUGCCUCCGCGUAGUCGUGGAAGACGAACCCAUCUGGCUCAGCCUGUGGUUGCACGUCAUGAGCGCCACCGCGUCCCUGCUGAGCCUGUUCAAUUGGUCGGUUAACCGAUUUAUCUGUUCGGUUCUGGUUAAUUUUGAUUUAUCACAUUUUAUAUAGAACUGGUUAACCAACCGAUAUCCUUACAGGUUCUACCGGUUCCAGCUGCUGCGCUAAUUGGUUAUUUUGUUGCACUAGCACAGAAUUUAGAUCCAGAAGCUAGAAAUUCUUCUCAUGAACUUUGUGUAUCACACUUCAAUAG